AUGCCUACCACUGGCUUCGGCUCGAGCAACGAUAUGCUUGAUGGGUUUUCUACUUUGCCCUCCUUUGCCCUUCCCACUCACGACAGAUUGUGGUUGAUUUGUUUUGGGUUUCAGUUUGAUGGGUUUCAGAAAGAGGCCGUACAGAUGGUGAAGCCUGCAAAAGGAACAACCACACUCGCUUUUAUCUUCAAAGAAGGUGUCAUGGUUGAUGCCGAUUCUAUGAAGAAGAUUAUUGAAAUCAAUCCUUAUAUGCUUGGUCCAAUGGCUGGGGGACUGGAAGAUUAUAUAUUGAAAUCAAUUCUUUUCAGUCUGAACUGA